AUGUUUCUGCCAUCGUUCUUUUUAGUGCUCGCUUUUAUGAUGGCGUUGGUGGCCGCUGAUCCUAAGAUCAAGCCGGGCUACAGCGCAUACACAGCUCCCGUGGCAGCGGCGUACACCGCACCCGUUGCGGCCGUCUACACAGCGCCGCUCGCUUACUCCGCUUACACCGCUCCAGUCGCCGCCUUCUCCGCUUAUACCUAUGCUUCACCAUUAUCAGCCUACCUGCUCCGUUAA